UUUUGUUAGAGACUUCGGCUCUGUCUCUGUCUGUCUCUGCUCCUUGUUUGGGAGGCUGGUGGGAGGAGAAGAGCUGAAGGGGCUAUAUAAUCUCUGUGCUUUCAGAUACACAGAGCACCAUCCCAGGGCCGCUAUCUGCAGCCAAGCACUGUCAGGGUCUGUUUCCUGUCUGGAGGUCCUGAGAACACUGACAUAGAAGAUGUGUGAGGAAGAGGACAGCACUGCCCUUGUUUGUGACAAUGGGUCAGGGCUCUGCAAAGCCGGCUUUGCUGGGGAUGAUGCUCCGAGAGCAGUUUUCCCCUCCAUCGUGGGUCGUCCCAGGCACCAGGGUGUGAUGGUUGGUAUGGGUCAAAAAGACAGCUAUGUAGGUGACGAGGCCCAAAGCAAAAGAGGAAUCCUGACCUUGAAAUACCCCAUAGAGCAUGGCAUCAUUACAAACUGGGACGACAUGGAGAAGAUCUGGCAUCAUUCUUUCUACAAUGAACUCCGUGUUGCACCUGAAGAACACCCAACUCUGCUGACUGAAGCACCAUUGAAUCCCAAAGCCAAUCGAGAGAAAAUGACCCAGAUUAUGUUUGAGACUUUCAACGUGCCAGCCAUGUAUGUAGCUAUUCAAGCUGUUUUGUCCCUGUAUGCUUCUGGACGUACCACAGGGAUUGUGCUCGACUCUGGGGAUGGUGUCACCCACAACGUGCCCAUUUAUGAAGGCUAUGCUUUGCCGCACGCCAUCAUGCGUCUGGACCUGGCUGGCCGUGACCUGACAGACUACCUCAUGAAAAUCCUGACAGAACGUGGCUAUUCCUUUGUGACCACUGCGGAGCGUGAAAUUGUCCGUGACAUCAAGGAGAAGCUGUGUUACGUGGCCCUGGACUUUGAAAAUGAGAUGGCCACUGCUGCCUCUUCCUCCUCGCUGGAAAAAAGCUACGAACUUCCUGAUGGUCAGGUGAUCACCAUUGGAAAUGAACGCUUCCGCUGCCCGGAGACCCUCUUCCAGCCAUCUUUCAUUGGCAUGGAGUCUGCUGGCAUUCAUGAAACCACUUACAACAGCAUCAUGAAGUGUGACAUAGACAUCAGAAAGGAUCUUUAUGCCAACAAUGUGCUGUCUGGAGGCACUACCAUGUACCCAGGCAUUGCAGACAGGAUGCAAAAAGAAAUAACUGCUCUGGCUCCCAGCACCAUGAAGAUCAAGAUCAUUGCUCCUCCUGAACGUAAGUACUCAGUCUGGAUUGGAGGCUCUAUUCUUGCCUCCCUCUCUACCUUCCAGCAGAUGUGGAUCAGCAAACAGGAAUAUGAUGAAGCUGGCCCAUCCAUUGUUCACCGCAAGUGCUUUUAAAUUGCUUUAUCUUUAUAUGUCUUUUUAGUGUAUUACUGUGAAUGUAUUCAGGAAAAUACAUUCUUAUAAUUUCAUUCCAUAAAUCCUUCAUCAUGACUCAUUAAUUGGAUACUAUGUAUUUUUUGGAAUAAAUUUUAAAUAUGCAAAUGAGA